AUGGGCGGUUCUAAUGUGGUGGAAAUGCAAGAUUACGGUUUUCUGAAAGAUCUUCGGGUGGAAUUGAAGAUUCCUGACAAAGAAGAAAAUGGGUCUUUCUGUUUAUGUUUCUGGCUUUACCUCACCAAGACUGGUUCUUUUUCCCGCACAAUUCUUCAUCAGGAGCACACUGAUAUAACAUCAAGCAUUCCUUUCCUUGCCUUGAACGAAAAGAAGGAAUUUUUGUUGUUUCCAGUCCUCCAUCUGCAUCGAGAGGCUUCUACCUUUGCCAAUUCAAAUAUGUUGCAAGCGGUCCCAUGUUUAUCAUCCUCUGUGGAUGUUCCUAUUGGAAAGUGGUUUCAUGUCGGAUGCCAGGGCUCACAAAGUUUUCUUCGACUUCAUAUAAAUGGCAAGAUUGUUGGCGAGAAAUCUUUGACGGCAUUCCAUAAUAAUGAAUUGCAUGCAGAUGUUGCAGAGAGAAAUCUUUUGCCUUGCAUCGUUGGAGACAACCACGGAUUUCAGGGUUAUGUGUAUCGUGCAGAAUUGUCAUCUUCAACAUUGCCAGUAAAAACUCACUAUCACGAGAGUGCACCCCUUUGUUUAGCAAUCGAUAUAUCAAGUGCCUCUGACAUUGAUGAUGAAAUUGAUGGUGUCUGGAACAUUGUGGGUGGAAAGGCAUCUUGUCGCAGAAAUUUUUCUCUGGAUGUUGUUUUAUUGGAUGCCUUUGACCAGCCUGUCAAAAAAGAAUUGGAGGUUGUUGCUUCACUUCGCUAUGCUGAUAAUGACGCACCGGUUCAAGAGACGAUUGAUGGAGAAGCUCCUCUUCUUACAUCUUGUGAUGGAACAGAAUAUUCUGUAUCUGAUAGACCAAUCAAACUGAUCAGUGGACGUGCGUCUUUUAGACUUAAGAUUGCUCAGCUUUCAUCUAAGUGCGACAAUAAAAUGUUCCACAUCAGGUUUGAAGUCCCAAAAAAUGGAAAUUAUCCUUUCCUUGUGGCAUUUUCUCUUCCAAUACGUUGUAUUUCACGCAGCCGACAUCCCCGGACAUCUUCAGCUACGUGGAAAAAGUUACCUGCCGGUACGUAUUUGUGCAAUGGAGCUCAAUCUGCUAAGCUGGAUAGUGGAUCCUCCGAGACUUUACAUAAUGUUGUAUGUGAAGCAAAACCAAGUCCCUCAUCAAAGCGGGUGAAAUUAGGACAGGACGAUCCUUUUCACAUGUAUACUGAUUCUUUGACAUCCAACGGAGCUGACGGACAUAAAUUUGAUACCUUGAAUUCUAAGAAGGUUGGCAGUGUAGAUGGGUCAACGGCAGAGAGACACGAGAACCAUGAUAGAUUGGAUAACUUCUCGUCUGAAUCAGAUAACAGUGAAACCACUAGAUCAGAUAUCUGUAUCAUGCCAAGUAGUACAAGUCAAAUUUCUGAUGAGGUUGUUUUCAAGUACUGCCUGGCAGGUCCAUCAGAGAGGGCUCUACUGCUGAAGGAAAUUGCAGUAUCUGUGGGGGAAGAAGAGCUUUCAAAGUUUGCUGAUCAGGUUUCUCUGUUCUCUGGAUGUUCCCACCACUUGCGUCAAAUAAAAAUAGCAAAAAGAUUGAUUGAAGAAGGAAUUGAAGCAUGGAAUUUAAUUUCACUAAACAACCAACAUGUACUUUGGGAGAAUAUGGUUACUGGGGUGAAUGAGCAUUUCAGAAGGAUAGCCUGUGCAAGCAGAUCUUUGACACAACAGGACUUAGAUCUCCUUAGGAGAAUCUCUGGUUGCGAGGGGUUUGUGUCUCAAGUAAAUUUUGAGAAAAUGUGGUUUUGGCUGUAUCCAGUAGCCUUUACAUUGUCUCAAGAUUGGAUCAACAGAGUGUGGAGUUCCGUCUCCCCCAAAUGGAUAGAAGGUUUUUUAACGAAGGAAGAAGCCGAGUCUUCGCUCCUAUGCCCUGGAGGUCUUCAAGAUCCUGGGACAUUUGUGCUACGUUUUCCUACUACAAGGACCUGGCCUCACCCUGAUGCUGGCAAUUUGGUCAUAACAUAUGUCGGCAGUGACUACAAGAUUCAUCACAAGCUGUUGUCUCUGGAGUAUGUAUUCGGGAAGAAGACUGGAAAGAGCCUACAGGAUCUGCUGUUUGAGGAACCUGAGCUUUCUAGAUUGGGAAGGCAAGACAUCUAUCUUAUAGCAUCUGGCCUUUGUUACCGUCGUUGGAAGAGGAAGCAAAUGCUUGUUCAAGACAGUUUCUCAGGUGGGAAACUUGUCCUCUUCAGAUCGCCAAAGAUGAAAGCUUUAAAGGGUAGCAUAUUCUUGAAGAAGACAAUGAAACUGAGCAAUAAGGAUAUCAUUGGAUCAGGUGGUUAUGGGACAGUUUACAAAUUGACCAUAAAUGAGUCUACAUCUUUUGCUGUAAAAAGACUCAACAGGGUAAGUGCAGAACAAGAUCGAGGAUUCGAGCGAGAAUUAGAGGCGAUGGGUGAUAUAAAACAUCGGAACAUUGUUACUCUUCAUGGAUAUUACACUGCUCCUCAUUAUAAUCUUCUAAUAUAUGAGCUCAUGCCUGCUGGAAGCCUGGAUGAACUGCUCCAUGGAAAAUCUUCGAACAAGAUGGUUCUGGAUUGGCCUUCAAGGUACAAAAUUGCAGUAGGAGCUGCAAGAGGGCUAGCUUACCUUCAUCAUGAUUGUAUCCCGCACAUUAUCCAUAGAGAUAUCAAGACAAGCAAUAUAUUGCUCGAUCAGAACCUUGAAGCUCGAAUAUCAGAUUUUGGACUAGCCACAUUGAUGGAACCUAAUAAAACUCAUGUGUCAACUUUAGUUGCUGGAACAUUCGGAUACUUGGCUCCCGAAUACUUUGAUACAGGAAGAGCAACCAUAAAGGGUGACGUCUAUAGCUUUGGUGUAGUUUUACUUGAACUUCUAACUGGAAAGAAGCCUACAAAUGAAACAUUUAUUGAAGAGGGAACGAAGCUUGUAACUUGGGUGAAGACAGUUGUGCAAGAGAAGAGGGAGGGAUACGUUAUUGACAGCCGGCUAGAAGAUUUCCAUGGCGACGAGAUUAACCAGGUGUUCAACAUUGCACUUAUGUGCCUUGAGCCAGAGCCAGCCCAAAGACCUACCAUGUCUGAAGUUGUCAAGAUGCUUGAGCUAAUAAAAUCAUAUGAAUUCCAACCAGAAUUGUGA